ACCGCUAAUGGCUCGGUACCGUUAAGAUGUCUAUACUGUGCUCGACUCCCAAACCAAACCGGUUGGUGGUACCGCUUUGGUAAAGGAGGGAUGAAGGCAGCAUGGACGUACAGAUACGAGUGGAAAGCAUCCAAAUUGUUAACCAUAAUCGAACAGAGCGAUAUCACCAGUAUGAGUGUGCUAAAUAUCAGUCGGUGGGAAGUAUCAACCGAUGUGAGGUUCGAAAUCACGACGAGCGAUAGUGUAAAUCCGACGUCAGCCACCGUGCAGUUCACUCCCCAUUUGACUAGAGCAACUAUGAGCAUACCAAGUCAAACGGGUGGUAAGAACACGGGUAGUUGUAUCCUCAAGUUCCCGAAUGACGCCGGUAAGUACGACGGUUCCAAGAUACUCUGCUCUAACCAGGGACAAAACAAGAAAUGCGGAACAGGAAACCUGCCGUCGAACGGACAAACUACACAGUCACUGUUUGUCGAAAAGGUCAAUAUCGAUCCACAGGGCACAGGAGCGCUCGCAAGAAACGGAGAAUGGACAAGAAACGUUGUCUAUUGGUAUGGCAGUUAUUACUACGUCUACGUACAAGAAAGUCAGAGAGCAUUGGUACCGGUAACUCAACAAACUGUGAUGACAACUGCACGUGCCAGCACUCAAAGCUCAACCAGGUCUCAAAAUUUAGGCUCAACAGCCACCACCACCACCACUGCAACCUCAAUUAAACUGACUGAUGGUCAAACUGCUGCACUACUGACAGUACAGACACCAACUAGUACAACUACUCCGUCUACAACUGUAGGUGGCAGCACUCAAAGCUCAACAAGGCCUCAAAAUUUAGGCUCAACAGCCACUAUCUCUACAACCUCAAUACAACCGACUGACGGUAAAACUUCACCUACUGUGCUACCGACAGUACAGACACCUCCUACAACUACUCCCUCUACACCACCACCUCUCACAACUAUGCCAACAAGUCCCUCUAUGACUAUACCCGGAGAUGUGGCUACUACAUUCAUUUCUCGAGGGUCAACCGUGCUGGCUGCAUCUACUCCACAAACUCGUGCAUCCGUAUCUCAAUCUUUGGUAACACACAAGAUGAGGCCUAGGUGGCAAUCAGAUUUAAAACGACUGACUGCAAUGCCUGUCACCAGCGAUAGCAUAUUACAGGUCUCCGUUCAACUGUCUGAUCUCUCGCAGAGUAAUUCGUUCCAGAUGAACAACACAAGCGUGCUCGAUGUUGUCAGUUUACUGGAACAAAUUGCACAAACUCGUUCCACAAACGACACAGAGGUUAUCAAAAAUAUCGUCCGCACAACAAGCAGCAUGCUACAAGCUCCCUACGAGGCCAUCAUAGAGAGUCAACAACAAAGUAAAGCGUCAUCACGAAUCUCUGCAAUGUUGGAGAACACGGUGCUGAGUCUGGUCGUCUCCUCCCAGAAAGCAGACGUCCAACUCAAAUCACCAAACAUAGUUGCUCACAGGAUUGCCAUAACAAAUCCCGAACAGUACAGUACAUACAACUACAGCUUUUACAAAGGCACCGAUAACAACUACUUCAACAGCACGAGUGUAUUAGGCAAAGACAAUGCAUCUGACAUUUCACCGGAUGUAACCGUCAUAAUACCAAGAUCUGUGCUACGACAAGCACAUGGUUUGCUAAGGAGGCAAUGGCAGCGACUACCAUUGGGAAUCAUCAUCUAUCGAAACGACACACUGUUUCCGACCGAGAAACAGCACAACGAUACUUAUCGCAUCAACAGUAACGUCGUUUCGGUAUCGUUUUCAAACAAUUCGUUGACCAAUUUGAGCGAACCGGUCACGAUUACAUUGCAACAUACAGACAAGUGUGGAGAAGAGGCACGCUGUGUGUUCUGGCAGAGCACACCAUCAGGUGAAUUUUGGUCGGAUCAAGGGUGUGUUGUUGUCUCCACAAAUAGCGGCGCCACUAAAUGUCACUGCAAUCACCUUACAAACUUUGCUCUCUUAAUGAAUAUGGAUGGUCCCAACCGACCUAAAUGUCUCGGAAAAGGCGAUAAGCUGGCACUCAGUAUUAUCACCUAUGUUGGAUGUUCAUUGUCUCUUGGUGGUUUGGUGCUCAGCGUCCUCACGCUCACCAUUUUCCCAAAACAGUUGGAAAACAGGCCGAACAAAAUUCUAAUCAACCUGUGUCUUGCUCUCAUUGGGCUUAUUGUCGUUUUUUGGGCGGGUAUUGAUCGAACAGGCAAUCAGGCAGUUUGCAAAGCGGCUGGUGCUCUCAUUCACUACUUCACCUUGUCUGCUCUACUGUGGAUGGGCAUUGAAGCAUUCAAUCUCUAUUUGCUGUUAGUGCUCGUCUUCAGUACUGAUAUCAAUCAUUUUAUCCUUAAAUGCUCAAUCAUAGGAUGGGGUAUACCGGCUGUCAUAGUAGCUACAACAGCAGGCCAGUCGACUGACAACUACGGCGGUAUCACAUAUUGCCACAUUACGCAUCCGGCCUUCAUCUAUGCUUUGCUUACUCCUGCUGCGCUCAUUCUAUUGGCCAACAGCAUUUCCUUUGGGUUGGUUGUAAGGGUAAUGUGUCGCUCAGCACGACACCAUUCAAGUAUCAGAAAAGACGAUGUGUCAUCUCAACCACGUGCGGCAUUUUCUCUUCUGGUACUGAUGGGACUGACAUGGGCGUUUGGGUUUCUGACAGUCUCUGAUGUCCGUCUAGUCUUCCAGUAUCUCUUUGCAAUUUUCAACACAACACAAGGAUUUUUCAUCUUCAUUUUCUACUGCUUCAGAAGAAAGGAAAUGCGUCAACAGUGGUGUGUGUUCUUGCAUGGAAGAGGUAGACAAACAGUGCAAAGAGCAAGUCAAAUGACUGAAAGACGAACAACAUCCACAUCGAUGAUCAAAAGCAAGAAAAUAUCAUCGUCAUCACUGCAUGGAGAUGUUAGUCUUCCAAGCCUCCAUUCAGAGUUAACCACAAGAAGCACAAGCAUCAGCAUGCUAAUGCCUUCAGAAAAGGCUAAAAGAAAAUACAGUUUCAAAGGAAUGUUGGGAAAGUUCAAGAGGAAAGACAAAGAAGGAAGCAACUCUGUAGGGGACAUCCUCCACGAGCUUCAUCGACUUGAAGGAAGUGGACUGUCUGAUUGUAACUAAAUGAUAAC